AGGGGUAGAUAGUCGAUCGGGUUAUGCCUCCGGCUUCUCUUCUCCUGGUCGAGUUGCAUCGAUCGUCCUCAUUUCCAACCACAAUUUCUUCGCUAACCUCAGGAUUCGCCUCCGGAUCGGCGGCGCCCGGAAGAAUGGCUGUCGCCUCCCAGGACGCCGUCAAGCAGCUCUCCGUUCUCUUGGACCAAGCGGAUGAAACCCUGAAGCGUACAUUUCAGAAUAUGCAUCAGGGCUAUCCAACAGCAACAUUGGUGCGCUUUCUUAAUGCUAGAGAAUGGAAUGUUGCCAAAGCACAUAAGAUGCUUGUAGAUUGCUUAAACUGGAGAACUGAAAAUCGCAUAGAUGACAUUCUAACAAAACCUAUAAUUCCCUCAGAAUUGUAUAGGGGAGUUCGCGACUCACAACUUGUAGGAUUGUCCGGAUACUCAAAGGAGGGCCUUCCUGUUUUUGCAAUAGGUGCCGGACUCAGCUCUUUUGAUAAAGCAUCUGUAAAUUAUUAUGUGCAGUCACAUAUUCAAAUAAAUGAGUACCGUGAUCGAGUAAUAUUGCCUGCUGCAACCAAGAAAUACCACCGUUAUAUUGGGACAUGCAUCAAGGUUCUUGACACGACUGGACUGAAGCUUUCGGCAUUAGGCCACAUAAAGUUACUGACCCUCAUAGCUACUAUUGAUGAUCUAAAUUAUCCCGAGAAGACGCAAACUUAUUAUGUAGUUAAUGCCCCGUACGUUUUCUCAGCUUGUUGGAAGGUGGUGAAGCCACUCUUACAAGAAAGGACAAGAAGGAAGGUACAAGUACUCCAAGGCUGUGGCAGAGAUGAAUUGUUGAAGGUAAUGGACUACAAUUCUCUUCCCCAUUUCUGUCUGCAAGAAUGUUACAAGACGGCUGCAUCUCAUGCCUGCUACUCCUUGGACCAUUCCUUCCACCAAGAACUCUACAACUACAUGAAGCAACAAGCUCUAGGCCUGGAACGUGCAGAACUCCUGAAACACAGAUCCUCCCGUGCUGACACACCGGGAGCUGACACCGACCGGACGAAGCUAGUCAAGGUAAAAAUUGGGGAUCAGGCCGGGCUCGCCUGCUCGCUUAGUAGCAUUCAGAUCAUGAGGCAUGAACGUGCCAUUCCUUGAGGAAACUGUUUGAGGAUCUGAUUGAAGAUGUGCCAGGUCUUGUAUCUGGUUUAGAUCAACUUCCAGUGAUCAAAGGUGCUUCACAUUGUGAAUGUUUAGAAUUAUGAUAACAAAUCCAUGCAAUCUCUCAUUGCAGGAUUUAUCGACUAUCAUAAGAUACGGUGGUUGUCAAAUAUAUUGGAAUUUUCCACAACUUCUAUUAAUAUAAAAAAAAUGCUAGGUUUUUAUUGCAGUGAAA